AACAGAACAAACAAAAAAAGGCCAUUGCUUUCUUCUUCUUCAUUCUCUCUUCCCCUCUCUCUCUCUCUCUCUCUCUCUCUCUCUUUUUUUUUUUUAUCGCGGAGAGAGAUUUCCUUCAACUUUACUUGCGUUUAUCUCUUCAAAUUGAAAACCCUAGCAAUCUCAGCUGAUUUUUAACUCAACCCUUCUUCUUAAUUUUGUUUUUUUUGUUUUUGUCGUUAUAUCUCUCGUUGAGAAGCCACCCAUCUCAAAAGAUUAGGAAAACCCUAGAGGAGAAAAGGGAGGGAACCGGAUUCUCUUUAUGCCCUCUUGUUUGUGAUUUCUAGAGCUUCGCUUUAUCGAACCCAAACCUCUUGUUUUUAAUUGUUGAUCAUGGAGAGAUCCGAUUCCAGGGAUUUGUACAACUUUGUUCGCGCUUCCUCAGAUCAAAAUAGUUCACUCUUUGAUGCAUCUCAAUACGAGUUUUUUGGUCAGAAUCUGGACGAAAUGUCGUUGGGAGGUUUUGACGAUGAUGAAGUGAUUGCUCCUGUUCUUGGGCAUGCUGAUGAUGAUGAGUAUCACUUGUUUGAUAAAGGAGAGGGUGCAGGUUUGGGAUCUUUAUCUGAUAUGGAUGAUCUUGCGACAACUUUUGCAAAGCUCAACAGAGUUGUUACCGGACCCAAACACCCUGGAGUUAUUGGUGACAGAGGAUCAGGAUCCUUUUCAAGAGAGAGUUCAUCUGCUACCGAUUGGACACACGACACAGAGCUCACAAACUGGUUGGACGAACAAGAUCAAGAAGCUAAUAGAUGGUCCUCACAGCCACAAUCAUCUGCUCAUUCAAAACCUUUGUACAGGACAUCCUCCUAUCCUCAGCAGCAACCGCAGCUGCAGCACUACAACAGUGAACCAAUAAUUGUACCGGAAUCAGCUUUUACCUCCUUUCCCCCGCCUGGCAGCAGAUCUCCGCAGGCUUCACCGGGAAACCUCCACCGCGCUCCUUCUCUUCCUGGCGGUGCCCAGCUGGCCUUCAAUGCACCUUCCCCGCUGUCAAGUUCCAGUUUCCAUCUUUCAGGACUGUCUCACGGGCCCCAAUAUGGCGGUAAUUUGGCUAGAUAUGCCUCGUGCGGUCCUACGCUUGGCAACAUGGUGCAGCCUCAUUGGGUCACUGAUCCUGGUCUUCUGCACGGAGAUCACUCUGGUUUGUUACAUAGUCUGGUGCAACAACAGCAUCAACAAUUGCCUCCUCGAAAUGGUCUCAUGUCGCAACACAUGAUCGCCCUCCAGCAGAGACAAUCGUAUGCUCAACUCGCGGCGCUACAGUCCCAAAUGUAUAGUUCCUAUCCUUCGCCGUCACGCAAAGGACCUCCUGGGGUUGGUGAAGUCAGGGAACACAAACAUAAGUCGUCUCAUAGAAGUCGGAAGAACAGAGGCAUCUCUCAACAGGCAUCAGACGCGGCUAGUCAGAAAAGUGAAAGUGGAUUGCAGUUUAGAUCAAAAUACAUGACUUCAGAAGAAAUAGAGAGUAUACUGAAGAUGCAGCAUUCUAAUUCACACAGCAAUGAUCCUUAUGUCAAUGAUUAUUACCACCAAGCUCAGCUUGCCAAGAAGUCUGCCGGAUCUAGAGCAGUCUCUCACUUCUAUCCUUCUCAGUUAAAAGACCACCAGCCUCGGUCUCGUAAUAGUUCUGAACAGCAUCCACAAGUCCAUGUAGACGCCCUUGGAAAGAUUACACUUCCUUCUAUCCGCAGGCCGCGUGCCUUGCUCGAGGUUGACUCUUCUCCUGGUUUUAACGACGUGAGUGGAGAUCAUAAGGGCUCGGGAAAGCAUUUGGAGCAGGAACCUCUUGUUGCAGCUAGGGUUACGAUUGAAGAUGCUCUCGGAGUUCUUAUUGACAUAGUUGACAUUGACAGGACUCUCCAAUCCACAAGGCCACAAGACGGAGGUGCUCAGAUCAAGAGAAAGCGGCAGAUCCUGCUAGAAGGACUAGCGACAGCACUUCAGCUUGCUGAUCCGUUCAGCAAAACCGGUCAGAAAUCCGGGAUGACUGCUAAGGACGAUGUUGUCUUCUUACGCAUAGCGACUCUUCCCAAGGGUCGGAAGAUGCUUACAAAGUAUAUACAACUUCUAGUUCCGGGUACUGAGAUCGCUCGAGUUGUCUGUAUGGCUAUAUUCCGCCACUUGAGGUUUCUAUUCGGCGGCAUGCCUUCAGAUACUUUAGCAGCAGAGACGAUUGCUAAUCUUGCCAAAGCAGUCACCGUCUGCGUCCAAGCCAUGGACCUUCGAGCACUGAGUGCUUGCCUUGCAGCUGUGGUCUGUUCUUCAGAGCAGCCACCUCUGCGUCCUAUUGGGAGUUCCGCUGGGGACGGUGCUUCAGUUGUCUUGAUCUCUCUCCUUGAGAGAGCUGCUGAAGCAGUUGCGGUUCCUCGUGUCGUCCAUGGGAAUUCUAAUGAUGGUCUCUGGAGAGCCUCGUUUGAUGAGUUCUUCAACAUUCUUACCAAAUACUGCAGGAGCAAGUAUGAGACCAUCCGAGGUCAGAACCAAGGGAGUGCAGCGGAUGUAUUGGAGCUGGCGAUAAAGAGGGAAAUGCCCGCUGAGCUUCUUCGUGCGAGCCUCCGUCACACCAACGACGACCAGAGGAACUAUUUAUUAAACUUUGGUCGUAAACCGUCGGCUAUUAGUGAGUCGGCGUCUCAUGCAAGGGGUGGUCAGAUCAACUCUGAAUCUGUGAGAGGUUAAUCAAAGAGAGAGGCAGAGAAGAGAAGUAAACUCAGGAGCCGUGGAUCAAAAACAAUCUAAGGGGGUGUGUGUGUGGGGACUCAGGAGCCGUAACUUGUAAGUAACCUGGUGGUGUAGGGGAAUGAAGGGUUUCAGGUGACAAGUGCUUUUAGAAUAUGCAUUUUCUUCUUCUUCUUCUUCUUUUUUCCUUUUUUACUUUGAACUCUUUUACUUAUAAUUAUGAUGGACAAAUGCAAACUCUGCUUGGUUGUGUAUUUAUGAUGAUGGGAAAGAAUGUGAAACAUGGGAAGUAGGUUAUCGGAAGAAGUGAUGUCUUCUCCGAGGGGAGCUAUGUUUUUUAGUGCUCUUUUAUAUUGAAAUCUCCAUUGUUAGAGAAUAUAGGAGUUUGGGAAGAGGAUAUUUAGUGUUUGUGUACAGAAUGAUGAUGAACCCUUUAUCCGGAGAAUAGUUUGAGGUUGGAGCUUAGAGCAGAGGAUUAGUUGCUAUUCUUCUUCGAUUAACAAGGUUUAGGUUCUGGAAGCAGCUGGGAAAUGGGAGUUAAUAGUUUGGUAUUAUCUGAUAUGAUAUGUCUCUAUUUCUUUUAAAACUGUGGUGUCGUGUAAUAUUAUUAUUCGGAACACACAAAACCCUCUUUUGGAAACUCUUGGAUCCUAUCUCUUUCUUUCUUAU